AUGGAGUGUGGGCCACCUGCUGCCCUCCAGCCCCACCUGGCUGAGCCACCUGGCCCUGCCCACUGCCCGGUGGCCAUGUGCCAGCAGGAGAGCCUGCCCUUUGCGGAGCUGCCCACCUUGCAGCCCCCAAGCUCUUUGUGUCUGGAUUUCUUUCCUGUUGCCCCAGAGGAGCUGUGUGCUCCUGGCAGCCGCUGGUCCUUGGGGAUUCCUGCCCCACUCCAAGGACUGCUAUGGCCACCAUCCCCAGAAAGCCCAGACACUGAGGUUCCUAGCAUUGGGGGGAUGAGGCCCAGCAGGGCUGGCAGCUGGCCACACUGUCCCAACGCCCAGCCCCCAGCUCUGGAGGGACCCUGGAGACCCCAGCACUCCCAGCCACAGCGCAGGGCCAGCCACGGCUCAGAGAAGAAGUUGGCCUGGCGCAAGAUGCGGGUGUACCAGCGUGAAGAGACCUCUAGCAGCCCCGAGGACCAUCCUGUCUUCCUGGAGCCAGACCAGAUGCAGAGGGAACAGGCCCUGAGGCCCCAGGAGCCUAGGCCAUUGGAGCAGUCCAGGCCCACCUGCGUGAGCCUCGAGGGACCUGAGCGAAGGCGCUUCUCAGCCUCUGAGCUCAUGACUCGGCUGCACUCUUCCCUGCGCCUGGGGCGGAAUUCAGCUGCCAGGGCCCCCGGCCUGGGCACUGCCGCAGCCCGUGAAGAAAAAGCAGGUGCAAAGGAGUCACGAAGUAUGAUGAAGGUGGACAGCAUGAUGCUACCAGCCUCUGCUGACCCGAGCGAGGGCCCUGACGACUGGCCCAAGCCCAGGUUGGACACGCAGGAAGAGGCCCCUCUCAGUUCCAAGAGCUCCAGCGAGAGGCGCCAGUCUCGGUUUCUCCUUAACUCCGUCCUCUACCAGGAAUACAACGACGUGGCCAGCGCCCGCGAGCUGCGGCGGCAACAGCGCGAAGAGGAGGGCCCGGGGGACGAGGCGGAGAGCGCGGAGGAGGGGCCCGGGCCGCCGCGCGCCAACCUCUCCCCCAGCAGCUCCUUCCGGGCGCAGCGCUCGGCGCGCGGCUCCACCUUCUCGCUGUGGCAGGACAUCCCCGACGUGCGCGGCAGCGGCGUCCUGGCCACGCUGAGCCUGCGUGACUGCAAACUGCAGGAGGCCAAGUUCGAGCUGAUCACAUCGGAGGCCUCAUACAUCCACAGUCUGUCGGUGGCCGUGGCCCACUUCUUGGGCUCAGCUGAGCUGAGUGAGUGUCUGGGGGCACAAGACAAGCAGUGGCUGUUCUCUAAACUUCCAGAAGUCAAGAGCACCAGCGAGAGGUUCCUGCAGGAGCUGGAGCAGAGGCUGGAGGCUGACGUGCUGCGCUUCAGCGUGUGUGAUGUGGUAUUGCACCACUGCCCAGCCUUCCGUCGCGUCUACCUGCCCUAUGUCACCAACCAGGCCUACCAGGAGCGCACCUACCAACGUCUGCUCCUGGAGAACCCCAAGUUCCCUGGCAUCCUGGCUCGCCUGGAGGAGUCUCCCGUGUGCCAACGUCUGCCUCUCACCUCCUUCCUCAUCCUUCCCUUCCAGAGGAUCACCCGCCUCAAGAUGCUAGUGGAGAAUAUUCUGAAACGGACAACACAGGGCUCAGAAGACGAAGACAUGGCCACCAAGGCCUUCAAUGCACUCAAGGAGCUAGUGCAAGAAUGCAACGCCAGUGUGCAGUCCAUGAAGAGGACCGAGGAGCUCAUCCACCUGAGCAAGAAGAUCCACUUUGAGGGCAAGAUCUUCCCGCUGAUCUCCCAGGCCCGCUGGCUGGUUCGGCAUGGAGAGCUGGUGGAGCUGGCACCCCUGCCCGCAGCACCCCCAGCCAAGCUAAAACUAUCCAGCAAGACGGUCUACCUGCACCUCUUUAACGACUGCCUGCUGCUCUCCAGGAGGAAGGAGCUGGGGAAGUUUGCUGUUUUUGUGCAUGCCAAGAUGGCCGAGCUGCAGGUGAAGGACCUGAGCCUGAAGCUCCAGGGCAUCCCUGGGCACGUGUUCCUGCUCCAACUCGUCCACGGUCAACACACCAAGCACCAGUUGCUGCUGAGGGCCCGGACCGAGAGUGAAAAACAGCGAUGGAUCUCCGCCAUGUGCCCCUCCAGCCCCGAGGAGGACAAGGAGGUCAUCAGUGAGGGGGAAGACCGUCCCCAGGUGCAGUGUGUCAGGACCUACAAGGCCCUACAGCCAGAUGAGCUGACCCUGGAGAAGACAGACAUCCUGGCAGUGAGGACCCGGACCAGUGACGGCUGGUUGCAGGGCGUCCGGCUGGCUGAUGGUGAGAAGGGGUGGGUGCCCCAGGCCUACGUGGAAGAAAUCAGCAGCCUGAGCGCACGUCUCCGGAACCUCCGGGAGAACAAGAGAAUCACCAGUGCCACCAGCAAACUGGGGGAGCCACCCGCGUGA